CUUCGAGCCGCGUUUCCGUGCAAAGAAACAAGAAGUAUUCACAACUUCCAACGAUAAAACGUCGACAACUCUACGAUGCCUGGUCCCGGUUCAAUUUGCACUUAAUCACCCGGGUCACACCGCAAUGAGGCCUCGAAGUUCCACACCUUCAUUUCUUUCCGUGGCUGUAUCGGGAGUGGAAUGACCCACCUCACCUGCGGACACUUAAAUAUCCCUAAUCGGUGUUCGUGAUAAGAUACAUCGACCUUAUUCUUUCAAGAUAUUGGAUUUUCAUUUAUGAUUGUUUUGCUUCCGUUAAGCUAGACCUUGUUGGGUCACAUUUCUUACCGACAAUGUUGAAGUUGAUGGUUUCUGUGCCAGUUCUGCUCUGGCACUUCGCGAGACAUACACUUGCCCAUGGAGACCAUUCCCAACUCCCGGAAGGCCAGGUCAUUUCAGGGGAUCCGCUCGAUUCGAUAUUAUGGAUACAUAUCAUCCUAAUGACCGUUGCGUUCGGACUGAUAUUUCCCACUGGGAUGGUACUUGGGAUCACCCGGUCACGCUGGCAUGUUCCUGUACAGAUCGUUGGCAGUAUCAUAGCGAUUCUGGCGUACUUUAUGGGCCAUUUACACAAGGGACGGCAGUUUUCCAAAAAUAUCCACGCCUCGUUCGCGAAUGUGUUAAUGAUCAUGCUUGUUGCGCAAGUUGUCCUAGGAAUCUAUCUCAAACUUCACUUAUCGCGAGGCAUUCAUGGCAGAAUACGGCAGUAUGUUGUUGGAGCUCAUGGCGUGGCGGGCAAGGUGAUGCCUGUGGUGAGCUGGGUGCAAAUGAUAUUCGGCGGGAUAACGGCUCUAGGAUUCUGCCGUAAAGACCACCUUGGACAAUGUCUUGCGCAUUUUAUCAUGGGCAGUGCGUUUAUCGCGUACGGAAUACUUCUCACAGUCCUUCUCCUUGUCGGGCAAUACUGGCUUCGCCGAACUGGCCGGAGCCAAGAGUUCUUCGAUUCCGUGGUUAUUGCGGUUUGGGGAUGCAUAAACACCUUUACGGAACACCGCUGGGGACAGCCCUGGGCUCACAACGAUAUCGAACACACAAGCAUGGGCAUUGUUUGGUGGUGUGCCGGGUUGCUUGGUAUCUGGUUGAGCAGAAAGAGAAAUGGCCAACCCAAAAGAAAUUUGAUCCCGGGCGUAGUUAUUCUGCUUACAGGAUAUUCCAUGUCUUCCCAUCAGCAACAUCUGAUGCUUAGCACCAUGGUUCACGCAUUCUUCGGCUAUACGUUGAUGGGUGCAGGGGCAGCAAGAAUCAUAGAAAUUGCCUUUGUCUUGAAAGACCGGAGCACCCUGAGCCUUGAUGGAACUGAUCCCAACAGCUUUCAAUAUAUCACUCCAUUCCUUCUAUAUGCCUCUGGCUUCCUUUUUAUGGGCGCCACGGAGGAGCAAAUGGAGCUUAUAUCAAAUGCGGGUAUAUCUCACGUUGCCUAUGUCCUUGUUCUCUACAGCAUCGCAUUCAUCCUAUUCCUAUUCGUCAACGUCCUCAUUCACGUGUAUGCGGUCCACGCGUGGCCUGAGACUGCAAAAUACAACGGCAGUAGGCCGUCUUCCCGUUCUCGCCGGCUACGUGGCCAUCCUCCUACCUCUACCCCUCACCGUAAUGGCCGCAUGGGCCCGAACGGCCAUAUUCGUCGCCAAUCUCAAAUUCAACAUAUUCACGAUGCAGAGGAAUUUGAGCUAGAAGGCCUGAUAGGCGGGGCUGAUAAAGACCAGGACGAUGAUAGUCCCAUCAGCACGCCGCUCGAUAAUGGGGCCAAAAACCUAGAACGGGCGCCCUAAUUAAGGAAAUAUGUGAUUUUAGCCGUUAUCAAAAUGAGCUUCUUUCCCUUCCCGACAAAACGAACAUGACUUAAAACAUCAUGACGUCCAUGUGCAUUUUGCAAUGUCGGCUUUAUGUAGCUUGGUUUCCCCGCCAAUAUAUGCAUAUCGUUUUAUUAUUCUCCGAGCCUACGCCUAGUCUGUGUUUUGUAUAUAUGUAAGUUUCUUCAUUUAGAUAGCUGAGAGAUGGAAGCUCAAGGUGGAAUAGGUAACCAACCUUGCAAUAUACUGGGCUUUGUCUAUCGCUGCAGCAACGAUAUAAGUCUUGGAAAUAUUGUUACUAGCCAAAUGAGAGUGGUGAACAGUGCCCACUUAAUUACUGAUCUUCUCAUCCAAGCAUGCACUUCGUCCUUUUUUUUUGUCUUUCCUUGUUAAUCAGCUGCUUCUUCUGUACAUAACUUUCCGUACUUCCUUUGCCUUUGUAGGACAUGUUUUUCAGCAAAUGAGUUUGAUUGUUCUCUACUUCUUUGCCCUCGUCGAGUUUUGUCUUAUUUUUUAUUUCUAGCUUUUGAAUCGUAUUUCUAUGUAAAUAACCAUUAGACAUAGCCUAGAAAGGGAAUAUGAGGGUGAGGAUUUCUCCAUAUAUAUUAAAAAUUAUAUUUUCUUCUUUGUUGAAGCAGACAUCUU